AGCGCGGCUGCUGAGCGGCCGCCGCCCCAGCCCCACCACCCGGAGCCCUCGGGGUGCCGCGCGGGGACGCCGCGCCCCCUCCCACCGCAGCGCAGCGGCCACCCCCGGCCGGAGAGCGGCCCCGGAGCGCGGGGGAUGCGCAGCUAACGGUCCCGUCGGGCGGGCUUUCCUCGGCGGAGCGCGCGGGCGGUGCGCCCCAGCUAUGGAGUGUCCGGGGAGACGGCGGGCAUGACGGCGGCAGGAUGGGCGCGAACAAUGGCAAACAGUACGGCAGCGAGGGCAAAGGGAGCUCAAGCAUCUCAUCCGACGUGAGUUCAAGCACAGAUCACACACCGACCCAAGCCCAGAAGAAUGUGGCCACCAGUGAAGACUCCGACCUGAGCAUGCGCACCCUGAGCACGCCCAGCCCCGCGCUCAUCUGCCCGCCGACCCUGCCGGGGUUCCAGAAUGGACGGGGCUCGUCCACCUCGUCGUCCUCCAUCACCGGGGAGACCGUGGCCCUGGUGCACUCGCCGCCCCCGACCCGCCUCACGCACCCCCUCAUCCGCCUGGCGUCCCGGCCGCAGAAGGAGCAGGCGAGCGUCGAGCGGCUGCCGGACCAGGCGCUGGUGCAGGUGUUCGCCUUCCUGCCCACCAACCAGCUGUGCCGCUGCGCGCGCGUGUGCCGCCGCUGGUACAACCUGGCGUGGGACCCGCGCCUCUGGAGGACGAUCCGCCUGACGGGCGAGACCAUCAACGUGGACCGCGCGCUCAAGGUGCUGACCCGCCGGCUGUGCCAGGACACGCCCAACGUGUGCCUCAUGCUGGAGACCGUGGCGGUGAGCGGCUGCCGGCGCCUCACGGACCGCGGGCUCUACACCAUCGCGCAGUGCUGCCCCGAGCUGCGGCGCCUGGAGGUCUCGGGCUGUUACAACAUCUCCAACGAGGCCGUCUUCGACGUGGUGUCCCUCUGCCCCAACCUGGAGCACCUGGACGUGUCAGGCUGCUCCAAGGUGACCUGCAUCAGCCUGACCCGCGAGGCCUCCAUUAAACUGUCCCCCUUGCAUGGCAAACAGAUUUCCAUCCGCUACCUGGACAUGACGGACUGCUUCGUGCUGGAGGACGAGGGGCUGCACACCAUCGCGGCGCACUGCACGCAGCUCACGCACCUGUACCUGCGGCGCUGCGUGCGCCUCACCGACGAGGGCCUGCGCUACCUGAUGAUCUACUGCCCCUCCAUCAAGGAGCUGAGCGUCAGCGACUGCCGCUUCGUCAGCGACUUCGGCCUGCGGGAGAUCGCCAAGCUGGAGACCCGCCUGCGGUACCUGAGCAUCGCGCACUGCGGCCGUGUGACCGACGUGGGCCUCCGCUACGUCGCCAAGUACUGCAGCAAGCUGCGCUACCUCAACGCGAGGGGCUGCGAGGGCAUCACGGACCACGGCGUGGAGUACCUGGCCAAGAACUGCACCAAGCUCAAGUCUCUGGACAUCGGCAAGUGCCCGCUGGUCUCCGACGCGGGCCUGGAGUGCCUCGCCCUGAACUGCUUCAACCUCAAGCGGCUCAGCCUCAAGUCGUGCGAGAGCAUCACGGGCCACGGCUUGCAGAUCGUGGCCGCCAACUGCUUUGACCUGCAGAUGCUCAACGUCCAGGACUGCGAGGUGUCCGUGGAGGCGCUGCGCUUCGUGAAGCGCCACUGCAAGCGCUGCGUGAUCGAGCACACCAACCCCGCCUUCUUCUAACCCGACGGCUGCGGCCUCGCGGUUUUCCUGCAGACGUGAACACAACAACGUGGUUUUUGUUGCUUCGAAGCAGCCUAUGUAAGCACCGGCACCCACCCACAACAGCUGUUUCUCUCGGGAAGGCUCUGGGGAAGCUGAGUCUUCUUUUUCCUAAUUUCUUAUGGGCAACGAGUCAAGGGAAGGAAGGGGGCAGGGCAAAUUUCUACCAUGUGGGGUCUAUGGUUUUUCUGGAUUUAGUUUUUUCCUUUCUUUUUGGUCAGGCCCUUUGUAGACCUUUUCUUGUGGCACAAAAGAUGCACCUCCGUCUAAUUGCUGCAGUGUGUUUAGGAACGCACCUGCCUCCCCAGGUUCUGCACCUCCACCCUCCGCUGCUGUCCUCCGGCCAAAAGCAGCAACAAAUCAUCAGAGUAAUACUGUUGUCCACGCCUCCUCUUUAAACUUCUUGAUUGACUUAAACGAUGUUCCAAAAUCUCACACCCAAACAAGUUCCCAUUAAGUGGCCUAGCACUUGGCAAAUGCAAAGUACUUCCAAACCCUCUGAAUGGCUUGCAUCGAGUUGUAGGGGGAGACUGCAUUGCUCCCCACCCCUGCCACUAACUAGCUGUGUGACCUUGGGCCAAGCACUCAGCCUCUCUGGGCUUUCCAGCACUGAGUCAGAGGCUAGCCAGCUCAAGGAUGAGCUUCAUGCCCACUUUAGUUCUGAGGGAACCCAGAGCAGAAGCAGCCUUGGCAGGGAGCCCAGCAGGCAUCUACCUCCUCCAAGAGCACUGAUUCUGUGGGUGCCUGCAGGAGAUUGGGAAGUGUCAUCCUGUACCCCAGUCUGAGCAUCACCCACAUCCUUAUCUGUUUGGUGGGUGAGUCUCCCAGGUAUCUGUCUCCAGCCCAACUGGGCUCUGUGUACCAUUACCUUCAGCAUCACACCCCCCACCCCCGCCCCAGGUCAUCACCGUCAAGGUGAUGGAAUCACAGUGAAGCGCGCCUUCCCCCAGCCAACUGGAUCUUGUUGAGUGUUUGCAAAUAGAGGGAAAGGUCUUCACCAUUUUCAGUUAACAGGUGAAGCCCGAGGGGACCCAUGUCCUCUGAAGUUUUUCUAAUCCCUCAUGCACAUAUGGUGGGCACAGGCACAUCUGUCCUGCAGCUGCAGGACGGACGCCUAGGUUGUCAUUCACAUCCCAUUUCUACUUUGCUCAUCUAUUUCUUUUCCCAUCCAGGCUUCAUCACAUGAAGCCUGUUGAAGUUGAAUCCUAAGAGUUUCAUUGUGCUGACUGCCCCUCGUGCAUCUCCCCUGUGGCCGUCUGCAUGUUCUCCAUCAGGGAGGGCAAAGCAGACUUCCAGGUGUCUAAAUAUUGUUCACGCAAAAAUGCCAGCCCAGACGAGGGAGCACACUGAUAAGACUUAGACACCCACCAGCCAGGUUCUUGAAAACAAGACUGAAAUCAUGGUCAAGUAAGGGGUUUAAAUGGCGCUACUGGGCUAGAAACUCCUUUGCUAACCUCAUUCGUGAGAAAUCAGAAUGCCAGAAGAAACUCCAGGGCGCGUUUUCAUAAAAUUGAGCUGCCUUUUUGCUGGUAAACACAUGACUUGACCCAAAUUACUCUCUAGCCUAGACCGUCCUUCGCUGUUCAAAUUCUCCAUCUAUUUCCUUCUCAAAGGGCCACCAGCCAAGCCCAGACCCUCCACCUCCCCAGCCACGCACCUGGAAAUGGUUUCAGAUCAAGCUUCCACAUCUCACGACAACUGCACUCCUGCUGUAGGCUCCCGAUGUCCUUUCGUUUGUCUUCUGUGGGGAAGGAGGUAGAGUGAGUCGUCAUCUGCCCGCAGGGCUCCUGCCCGUGUCCUGUGAAUCAACUCUGUGCCGGGAAACGAAUGGUUUGGCCGAGGAGAGUAUCUCUACCUUCCUACUACACUAGGCAGAGUUCUGACCCGUGAAAGGGGCUCAAGGUAGCAUUCCCUUGUCACCCCCACCUAAAGUCUCAGAGUUUGAGGGUCACAAAGGUUGUCCCUAACCUUCGGCACUGGUGUCUUCUCCAACUGAGUGGCUGUCGUGCUCACAGAAUGAGCUGGGAGAUGCAGAAUGGCUCCCGGCAUCAGCCAGGGCUGUCCCAUUGGGCAUCUCUCCUCAACACCUGCCUCAUCAAACUGUCUUCCCAACGUGAGACAAAGUCAACUUUCAUGCUGAUUGCCCAGCACCUAUGUCUUUCCCAGUUUCUCCCCUUUUCCAAGUCUUCCUUCCUUCUAAGUCCCCCCGGGGUUGGAAUCUAUGACAGAGGUUACUGGGGAAACAGAUCAGCAGAUUUUUUAGACUCUCGAGCAAAAGGACUCACUAGGAAAUUUGUUCUAAAACAUUGCUUCCUUCCUGUCACUGCUAAAUUGAAUGCUCAUUGUUUUUUUUUAAAUCCUAAUGUUCAAAUCACAGCGUGCUGUAUGAUUCUAGAAAGCCUUAAUUUACUACCGCCAAGAAAUAAAGCAAUAUGUUGGUUAUCGGACUGAGUGUCAUUUACU